UACUCCCGCCACGGCCGAUUGCCAACUGCCAACAGUUUAACAACUGGUUCUCAAAACGUAGCAGUUGGCUCUCACAAGCUGAUGCGAGCCAAUGCAAGGCGCUGGCUCCAACACACCUUUGCUUCUGUGUCAGGGAUAAGCAGCUUAUUUUUACACGUAAGGGAGAAUAAAAAUACCUGCAGAUGUUUCUUUCCCCUGACACACUGUUCUAGAAACAGAAUACCUGCAGCUGCUUUUGUGUUCUUUUGUUAUUUCCAUGUCAUUGUGGUGAUGGUGGGUGGAUACCCCCCCUUUUUCCUGUAUAUACUAGAAAUACUGUACCUUUGAUCAGUUUUGUUUUUAUGACAAGUUUGCAGCUGCUUUAACCCUGGUUUUUGUCAGAGAGCGUGAAUACUGUAUUCUCAAAAUAAGAAACUAGUCCAUCGCAAAGGAGACAAACAAAAAGGUCCUUAAUACAAAUACUUUGAAAACAUGAGAUUUCCUUUGCUUGGCAGGAGCCGAAGCAUUGGGUUUUAAUUUUGUUCUGAAAACAGCCCUUGACGGGCCCCACUUGCCCUUUUGUCAAGCUGGACACGACUGUUCAUUCACUUAAGAAAUACUUAUUGAGCACCAGCUGUGUGCCAGGCACUCAUCCAGGUGUUGAGAAGAUGCUGACGAGCCAGACAGUCGCUGCUUUCACAGAGCUUAGUUCAGGGCCGAGGACUAAGACGGUAAACCAAGGAAACAAGCAAGGAAGCUGAUUUCAGAGAGUGGGGAACGCUACAAAGAAAAUAAAGGCAGCGCAAUGUGGUCGAGAGUGACCUGGGGUGCUACAGUCACCGCUCCGGGGAACCGGGCUCUGCUUCUCAGCUCUCCAAAGCUUCGCACUCUGGCCAGAGGUUUGUCUCCCGCAUACCUGAGAUUUGGCGGCACCAAGUCGGACUUUCUCAUUUUUGAUCCCAAGAAAGAACCAACCUCUGAAGAGAGACAUUACUGGAAAUCUGACGUCAACUGGGAUGUUUGCAAAUCUGGAUCCAUCCCUUCUGACGUGGAAAAGAGGCUGCAGUUGGAAUGGCCCUUCCAGGAGCAACUGCUGCUCAGAGAACAGCAUCAGAAACAAUUCAAGAACAGCACCUACUCAAGAAGCUCAGUGGAUAUGCUGUACACUUUUGCUAAUUGCUCAGGACUGGACUUGAUCUUUGGUCUAAAUGCUUUACUGCGAACCAGAGAUUUGCACUGGGACAGUUCCAAUGCUCAAUUGCUCCUGGACUACUGCGCUUCCAAGAAUUAUAACAUUUCUUGGGAACUAGGCAAUGAACCUAACAGUUUCCGGAUGAAGGCUGGUAUUUACAUUGAUGGAUUUCAGUUAGGAGAAGAUUUUAUUGACUUGCACAAACUUCUAAGAAAAUCAGCUUUCAAAAAUGCAAAACUCUAUGGUCCUGAUAUUAGCCAGCCUCGAGGAAAGAAUGCUAAGAUGCUGAAGAGUUUCCUGAAGGCUGGGGGAAAAGUGAUUGAUUCUGUCACAUGGCAUCACUACUACUUGAAUGGGCAAGAUGCCACCAAAGAAGAUUUUCUAAAUCCGGACGUAUUGGACACUUUUAUUUCAUCUGCACAAAAAAUUUUCCAGGUUGUUGAAGAGACCAGACCCCACAAGAAGGUGUGGUUGGGGGAGACCAGCUCUGCAUACGGGGGUGGAGCCCCCUCGCUGUCCAACACCUUUAUUGCUGGCUUUAUGUGGCUGGAUAAACUGGGCCUGUCAGCCACAUUGGGCAUAGAGGUGGUGAUGAGGCAAGUGCUCUUUGGAGCUGGAACCUACCACUUAGUAGAUAGAAACUUUGAACCUUUGCCUGAUUACUGGCUCUCUCUUCUGUUCAAGAAACUGGUGGGCACCAAAGUGUUAACAGCAAGUGUGAGAGGUCCAGAAAGAAGCAAACUCCGGGUAUACCUUCACUGCACAAACAACAACCACCCGCAGUAUAAAGAGGGAGAUCUAACUCUGUAUGCCUUAAACCUCCAUAACGUCACCAAGCGCUUGCAGUUACCACGCCACUUAUACGACAAGCAAGUGGACAAAUACCUCAUGCAAUCUUCAGGACCAGAUGGGUUGCUUUCCAAAUCUGUCCAGCUUAAUGGUCAGACACUGAAGAUGGUGAAUGACCAAACCUUGCCAGCUUUGACAGAAAAACCCCUCCGGCCAGGAAGUGCACUGGGCCUGCCACCUUUCUCCUAUGGUUUUUUUGUGAUAAGAAAUGCCAAAGUUGCUGCUUGCAUUUAACUACGAAAGACAUCGACUAGCCCAGAGAUUUCACACGUAUCGAUGAAAGACCAAAGGAAAACUCAAGCUGCAGGAACACGAGCAGAUGCAGAACAGAUCAACUGGCUGGAGCUUUAGAGCCGCUGGGAUGCUGAGUGCUAGAUUCAGCAGAGUAUUUUGUUCUAAGUAGACCAGUUAGUGAUAGUACCCAGUGUCAAACACUAGCUCGGACUUUGCAUGUACUAUUUUUAUUUGAGAUUAUUAAAAAUGCAUUAUAAGUGCUCCCACAUACAGCCAGGAGGCAAGUAAGUAAAGGGUAUAUUAUUCAUUUUAAGAAAGUGCUUAGUUGUUUCUAUUUUUAAAAAGACAAUUCUUGGAAGAUCGUCCCAUUCCUUCCUCCAUAUGCUGUCGCUAUGGGCUGCUGUCAGAAAAAGUUCACUACCACAACCUUCAAAUCAUCUCUAAAAGACAGACAUUUCUCUUUGCAGCUUAACAGCUAUUAAAUUCAGCUGCUACUUUUCGUCCCUCUGUUCUGUUUGUUUUCCUCAGUGACACUAUGUGAGAGGAAGACGGGUAAUGUGAUAGUAUAAAGAAAAGCGAUCAAUGAUAGUUCAGAGGGAGGGGACUACGGAAACCUCAGAUGAAAUAAAAAAACGACUGUAAGUGAAACGGACUUACCCAGAGGAGAAAAUUUAAUUCAAUGCACUACAACCACCUGUUAAUGUUUAAUCUACCUUAAAUUCUUGCUUUAGUUGGCUGUAACAGAAAACCCUGAUUCCAAUGGCUUAACGCACAAGAUAGUUAUAAUCCCACAUAUUGAGAAGUCCCGGUAGCAUGAGCUCCACAGCCCAGGAUGUCACCAAGGAGUCAGGUUUCUUCAUCCUUCUGCUCUGCUGCCUUUAGUGUUGGCUCUGUUCUCAAGCUGGCGGCACGAUGGCUGUUCCACGGGCCCAUCCAGACCUGGCAGCAGCCAGGGAGAGAAGCGCAGCAUUUUUCCUCUCUCCUUCAUGGACCUUGAGGACCUUUCUCGAGGGUUUCUCACCAAACUCUCCUCCGCCUCCUCAGGUCUUCUUGGCCAGGAAUGGGUUGCACGGCCACUCUCCACAAUCCCUGCCAACCUCGUGAGAUUCCUACAAUUGCCUCCUAGUACUCUUUUGGAUGGAGAGGGUGUCGGGAAGUCUGUGACACCGACCACCACAGCUCUGUGCUUUUAUCAGUAACGGAAUGUAUUCUUUUCUCUGAUGUCUUCAUUCUUGGAAAUGUAAUUCUCUUUAUAUUUAUGCCCACUAUAACUAAUUGUCUCAAUUAAGUGUAAGCACAUUUAUAAGGAGCUAAAGUUGGCACAAGGUUUGGAUGUUUUAAAAUCCUUAAAUUUUAUAUGUAAGUGGUUUUUGUAUUUUCACAUUUGAAAUAAAUAUUUGCAACC